AUUUGGCGGCAAAGCACUAAAAUUUUCCCGCCUUCAAAACUUGGCAAAAGCCAUUUCUUCUAUGCUGCUCUUCAAUCUCCGUCGCUGAAAUAGUAGCAGGAUGCAGAUCCGCUUGAAGUGCAGCUGCGGGGCGGAAGAAUGCCGGGAAUGGGCUAUCAUAGAGCUACAGGGUGUGGUGGAAUCACAUCCAUCCAUCGGUGAAAAUCUCCAAAAUCUCGAGAUCGGUCGCCUCUGCUGCGUCUCCAAAGGAAACUACACAUUUACAGUCGGCUACCACGAGCUUUCGGGAACGAAAGUGGCUCUCAAGAAGCCUUUGCUAGUGCUUAGGAAGAAGAAGGUUGAAGCUGCGUGCGAGUCGGAUUAUGCUGAUCCUUCGGGGGUAGAAUUGGAAGUUAUCGGAAUAAUUCGUGAUCGAAUUAUCUUCAAGACACGUCCCAAGGCUCUGAUUUCAAAGCCGCAGGUAAAGGAUAAGAAGGCAGUUCAAUGAUCCGAAGAGCAAAAGGUUAGUUGUUUUAUUCAGAAGAAAGUUCUUCUAAUUGUUGUAAAAACUUGCUUUGCCUGUUCUGUAACUUAAACGUUUCAAAUUUGAUUUAAUUUAUGAGAGCUUCUUAUCAAAUUAAUUAAUCAGAAGAGGUGCAGUUGGCUGUAAGCAAUGAUCAUA